AUGAGCUCGGCCAAAAAACGCAAAUAUAAUGAUGAUUAUAUUAAAUACGGUUUUGUUGCUAUGAAUAAAAGUGGUAUCGACCAGCCGCAGUGUGUUAUUUGUUAUGAAGUAUUGAGCAAUGAUGCCAUGAGACCUUCGCGUCUGGAACGACAUUUGUCAACAAAACACAGUGCUUUAAAAGACAAGCCGAAGGAGUUUUUUGCUUCAAAAUCUGCAAGUCUGAAGCGCAUGAAAUUGGAUAGUACUGGAUCCUUUGCUCAGUCAUCUGAGAAAGUGCUCGAAGCAUCAUAUGAAUUGUCGCUACUCAUUGCAAAGGCCAAAAAAAGUCAUACUAUCGGCGAAACACUCGUCAAACCCUGCUUACUGAAAGCUGCUGAUAUCAUUCUUGGACCAGAAACUAAACAAAAAUUUUCACAAAUACCUCUUUCUGACAACACUGUUAAACGUCGCAUUGAUGAUAUGGCUGAAGAUAUAAAAAAUCAGGUAGUUGAGGCCGUGAAAGAAUCAUGUUUUUUUGCAAUACAGUUGGAUGAGAGUACAGAUGUUGCGCAAUGUUGUCAACUGCUAGUUUUUGUCCGAUACAUACAAAACGAAACAAUUAAAGACGAGUUGCUGUUUUCAACAGAGUUAACGACAACUUCGAAAGCAAUUGAUAUAAUGACAGCAAUCUCUGAAUUUUUUUGA